AUGUCUAAUACUGCAGCCUCUAAACCCAUGAUGAUUGGAAAGAUUGAUGACUUUGAUGGGACCCCAGAUAAGGCCCAAAUAUCGAUAUCAUCCACAGAUUUACACUUUGAUAUCAAUGACACCAUUUACACCUCCAACAAGAAAAAGGUGUAUGUAGCACUCAGCUACAUGAAGGAUGGGACUGCCGCCUCGUGGAGCGAAGCCAAAAUGACCGAGUACAAAGAAAAGAACACCUACCCCUUAUGGGCAGACUUCAUGAAAACCUUCACAGCCAGCUUCAGAACGGCAAACAUCAAAGGAACGGCCUCAGCCGCCUUGAUGAAAAUGAAGAUGGAACCAGGAGAAAAUGCAGUGGCAUUUAACUCGAGAUUCAUGCUAGAUGCCGGGAAGAGCGGCAUCAACAACGGAGCCAUGAUCAUGAUUUAUCAGAAAGCAAUCCGACCUCCCCUCCUCCGCGGAGCACUCACCAGAAAGGAACUGGUCACCAUAGAAGAAAAGAUUGGAUGA